UGCAUCAUCACCUAUUGCGCGGUGAUGUACAAUGUCCCAGAAUCACCAGCAUAUCUGACACUCGGCUCAACCGAGAACGGUCGGACGCAGAGAAGUGCGAGCGCAAGGGCGCGGAGGGGUGCAACUUUUUCGACAACAUCGAACAAAACUCGAUUUCUAACGCGUCAGAAUGACUUCCAGUCGGCAUGUAUCUGAUUCUGAGUCAGACUCCUCUUCCGAAUCGCAGGCCGAUAACAUCCACACGCCAGUGCCGGAUGAAGAGAGUGGCGUUCCUGGUCCUUCAUCGUUUCUUUCCCAUCGAUUUCGAAAAUCCCCUCCUAAACCACAAUCUGAGCGACACGGGUCUGCUGUUGCGGUACUGCUAUCUCCUCCUAAGAACCCCUGGGAAUAUCAACCGUUUAAGGGACACACUACCGUAGACUCGAUUCUAGAAGUUUUCGAAGGCACAAAUGGUGAACACCGAUACAAAAUCGAGUAUGAGGACGGCAAUCAAGAAGAAGUAUCCGAGCACAAACUCUUGAAGCUUCGCAACGGCCAAAACGCUCUCGACUUCUACAACACCAAUAAGGUUGAAAUCUCAGAAACUAACAAGAGCUUGACCGAAGGACCAACCAUGAAUUCCAACGGUGUUGGCAAAAGAACGCGGGUUCAGACAAGCAAUACCGGAUACGUUGACAGUUCCAACAUGGAAUUCAACUCCGACGAAGAUGAACUUUACGCUGGCCAGACUGAUGUUAAGAGGCGUCGUGUGGACAAGGAAUCCGGGAAUCAGUCAACCAGGAGCAGUACUCGCCAGAGUAGCAGAAUCCGGGAAGGGGGAGUCGCAAAUCCUAAAUUCUACGAAGAAGAGAGUUCAGACACAGAUGAUGCUCCCUCCGCCAAACGAGGUCCUCAAUUGAAUCGCGGUACAUCCUUGGGUCCCCGCAGAUCAACCCGAACCACUCGGUCAACCGACACUCACUCUCGCCAGUCAACCUUGAAAUAUGCCUAUGAGACUGGACCAUCAUAUGAGGACGAAGAUGCCGAUGAGCUGGCGAACGGGGAGCAGGAUGAGAGUGAUUCAGAUGUUGGUUUCAUGCCUUUGAAGCAGCAACGUCGCACAGGACACAUCAAAGGCAGAUCCCUUUCGAAAGGCAAGAGAGGAAGACCGCGCAAGCACAGCAGUUCAUCUGCUUCACCAGAACGACCACAGCCGAGUCGACGCUCCGGACGAGACAGGGCCAUCAAAAGCAUGAAGGAACGAGAUGUGGAUGAAGAGAUGUACGCGGACGAUACACCCCUGAACAACGACCCUAAAGUCAUCAGCGUGCGUGAGGUCUUUCAGCCUAUCUCAAGCAAGUCUCCCUUUGGCUUCCUCCACAGACAGACCUGUGACGUCUGCAAUGGCGUAGGAUCUAAGUCUAACAAAGGCAAUAGUCCUUUGGUCUAUUGUCAAGGUUGCUCUACCACAAUCCACAAAGUCUGCCUUGGGUAUCGUAGCGGUAGAGAACACUUGGUCACCAAAGUUGGCCAUGAAAAUUUUAUUUUGCAGUGUCGCAGAUGCAUCGGCACUGCUGCCAAGAAAGAUGAACUCGCACCAAUUUUAGGUGCCUGUCAGUCAUGCAAGCAGGACGGCUUAUCCUGUGGGGCUUUCACGUCUAGGAAGACGGCAAAACAAGAAGAAAAGCUGAGGGAACAGAACAACGGGGAAGACCCAAUCACCAAUGUCCCCGAAAACUUGCUCAAUAAUCCUGAGAACGUUUUGUUCAGAUGCACUUCUUGUCAGCAAGCCUUUCACUUUGAGCAUCUUCCGCCGUUGGACAAGAAGUCGAAGACCUCCUCGGAUGUGGAAGAACUUCAUAAAGACCGAUUCCACGAAUACAAAGUCCAGUGGCGAUGCAAGGAUUGCCUUGAUACUUCUGCGAAAGUGCAAACACUAGUUGCUUGGAGACCAGUCGAUCAGUUGUCUUACGUCAACGGCCAAGAAGCUGACGAGUUCCGAGAGGAUGAGAAGGAAUACCUUAUCAAGUGGGAAGCUCAAUCAUACUUCAAGUGCAGCUGGAUGCCCGGAGGCUGGGUAUGGGGAACCACAGCUGCUGUUAUGAGAAAGGCCUUCUUCAAGCGCGACGAAGGUGCAAAUAACCUCCCUAAAUGGACAGAGGAAGAAGCCAUACCUGAGGACUUUCUUUGUGUUGAGAUUGUCCUCGAUGUGGACUAUGACGACGAUUUCGAGCCCCAGUCGGAAGUAGCUGAUAAGGCCGCCAUCCAGAUGGUCGAUCAAGUCUACGUCAAAUUCAAAGGACUCAGCUAUGAUGAAGUAGUUUGGGAAGAUCCUCCAGACCCUGACGAUGGAGAGCGAUGGACUCAUUUCGUGGCGGCUUACAACGAGUAUGUUGCUGGGAAAUAUUUUAAACAACCCUCAGCUGGGACAAUGAAAGAGCGUACUGAUCACUUCCGCUCGAUGGACUUCGACGAGCUUAAGAAGCAGCCUUCUGCCUUAAGUGGAGGAGACAUGAUGCCAUAUCAGCUGCAGGGCUUGAACUGGCUGUUAUACAACUUCCAUCAAAUGAAGAACGUCAUCCUGGCGGACGAGAUGGGCCUCGGGAAAACUAUCCAAAUUAUAUCGUUCAUCGCCGCACUCGUCGAAGAAAAUCCUCGGUGUUGGCCAUUUCUGGUAGUCACCCCAAAUUCAACAUGCCCAAAUUGGCGGAGAGAGAUCAAGAAAUGGGCCCCCAAUCUUCGAGUCGUUGCAUUCUAUGGAGGCAAGAAAGCUCGUGACAUGGCAAUGGAGUAUGAGCUCUAUCCAGGUGGCUGUUCCGAUCUUAGAGCUCACGUUGUAGUCACGUCCUACGAAGGGCCCGUUGACGACAGCAGUAAGUCAUUCUUUCGUCGAAUUAAAUGGGCAGGUAUGAUCGUUGAUGAAGGCCAACGUCUGAAAAAUGACGGCAAUCUACUGUACGGUGCCUUGAAGGCAUUGAAGGUCCCUUUUCAAGUUUUGUUAACAGGUACUCCACUCCAAAACAACAAGCGCGAGUUGUUUAAUCUACUUCAAUUUCUGGAUACCUCGAUCAACGCUACUGAAUUAGACGAAGAAUAUGCUGAAUUGACGAGAGAGAACUUGCCUGGAUUGCAUGAACUUAUCCGGCCGUUCUUCUUGAGACGUACCAAGCGUGAAGUCCUGAAGUUUCUGCCUUCAAUAUCACAAGUCAUCUUACCUCUUACCAUGAGCGUGCUGCAGAAAAGACUAUACAAAUCAAUUUUGGAAAAGAACGGGCAACUUAUCAAAUCCAUCCUUGGCCACGACACACAUUCUUUGAAGGCGACGGAGAGGGGCAAUCUGAACAAUAUCCUGAUGCAGCUGAGGAAGUGCCUGUGCCACCCCUUCGUCUACAGCGCUGCCGUUGAGGAGAGGAAUUUACCCAAGGACGCGCUACAUCGGAAUCUAAUUGACGCCUCUGCAAAACUCCAACUUCUUGAGAUGAUGUUGCCGAAAUUGAAAGCACGAGGCCAUCGAGUUCUGCUAUUCAGUCAAUUUCUGAAUCAGCUUGAUAUAAUUGAGGACUUCCUCAACGGGCUUGGCUUUAGAUUUCAACGCUUGGACGGAAACAUUCCAGCGUUGGAGAAGCAAAAGCGAAUUGAUGCGUUCAAUGCUCCCAAUUCUCCUGACUUCGCAUUCAUUCUCUCGACUCGAGCUGGUGGCGUUGGUAUCAAUUUAGCUACAGCAGAUACCGUUAUUAUCAUGGACCCCGACUUCAAUCCUCAUCAAGAUAUUCAAGCGCUCUCUCGUGCCCACCGCAUUGGACAGACGAAGCCUGUCCUCUGCUUUCAGCUGAUGACAAAGGACAGCGCCGAAGAGAAGAUCGUACAGAUUGGUCGCCAGAAAAUGUCUCUUGAUCAUGCUCUUAUUGAAAGCAUGAAGGAAGAUGACGAUACCCAUGUGGACCUGGAAAGCAUUCUCAAGCACGGGGCAGAAGCACUGUUCAAUGACGAUGAUCGAAAUGAUGUCCACUACAACUCAGCAUCUGUAGACCAGCUCUUGGAUCGAGCACAGGCUCAGACAACGGUUACAGAUCUGGAGAAGACCGCGGAAUCUCACUUUAAGUUUGCCCGAGUCUGGGCUAGUGAUAAAGGCGAUCUCACAGAAAAUAUCGAAAUCAAUGAGCACCAAUCAGCUGCUCCAAAUUCCGACUUCUGGGACAAGAUAUUGAGGAAGCGCGAAGCAAAAGCCGCUGCCGAAGCCGCCCGAAAUAUGCAAACAUUCGGCCGCGGAAAAAGAGCAAGACAGACUAUCGACUAUCAAAAAUCCAAUUUGGAUUUGGAUGAUGAUAUGCCAGAUUCGUCUCCCCUCAAGCAACCGAGCAAACGCAAACCAGCCGACUCUGCGAGUGACCUGGACUUUCCCGACGCUGAUGAUUCUGACGGAGAUGAUGAUUCGGAUAUAGAGCCGGUCGAUGCUCGAGAACUUCAUUCUGGCACACCUUCCAAGUUCGGAAGCUCAAGGAAAGACGACCAUGACGGAUAUGACAAUGUCCAACAAUCCAAGAACGAAAACAUCCCCAGUCGCAGCACGGGAAGUAGCCCCCCAGGACGGCUCCAGCCCACGGCAGCCAGGUUCGGUUCCCCAAUACAAGAAAAACUCCUAAGUACUUCUCGAAGCGGUCAUUCUACGAGCCAACAUUCGAGCCGUCCCGAACUCAGCAGCACCAGUCAUAAUCGCAGCCAUAUCAAACCUUCCUCAAACCUCCCUCUGCAUGAAUACAAAGAUGGAAACCUGCAGAAACAUUACUCUGACCGUCCCAUCCCCUCAAGUACACCAACCUUCUGCCAAUCAUGCAGGUCUACUCAUCCGAUUGGACCGUGUCCCCUACAGGAUCUCUGCGGUAAAUGUGGCCUUGCACACCUCAAAAUCUCUCGCACUUGCCCCAAGUAUAGCUCGGAAGUUCGACUGCGCCUCUUACUCGAUAAUACCCGCUCGUUAGCAGCUCAGGCUGGUAUUGACGAUCUCCGUGCAGUGUUAAGGCUCGAGCUCUCGAAAAGGACACAGCGAAGGAAGAUUUAAAGUUUGGCUAUGAUCUGGGAUCUUUCCUAUAACUUGUUUUUGUACUGUACACAAAAGCUACAUUUCCUCUUUCUCGAAAAGACUGGCCACUUCGCCAGCACAGCGAGUGCGAGACUCCAGAUCUUGUCACUGGAACUUCGGCCCUACUAGACUUAGCGAGCGCUAGAUUCGUGGAUUUCUCAUCACUGCACCCGCUUUCCAUAGCCGUCACGUUAUCAAUGAAAUUAGAGCAUGCAUGCCAUAAUGUCUAC